AUGGAUCACAUGGAUCACGUGAGGAAAGUGUUGGAGGUCCUCCGUGAAAAUAAGUUGUUUAUCAACUUAAAGAAGUGUAGUUUCAUGAUGGAUCAAUUACUCUUCCUCGGAUUUGUAGUCGGUGCCGAUGGAAUCCGAGUGGAUGAAGAGAAGGUGAGAGCAAUCCGAGAAUGGCCCACACCCAAGUCAGUGGGAGAAGUAAGAAGUUUCCAUGGGUUAGCAACUUUCUAUAGAAGGUUCGUUCGGAAUUUCAACAGUAUUGUAGCACCGAUCACCGAGUGUAUGAAGAAAGGAAAAUUCAAUUGGGGUGACGAAGCCGAGCGAAGUUUUUCAAUCAUCAAAGAAAAGCUAUGCACAGCACAUGUACUUGCCUUACCUGACUUUGACAAGCUGUUUGAAGUUGAAUGUGAUGCAUCAAUCAUCGGGAUAGGAGCUGUGUUAUCUCAAGAAGGGAAGCCCGUAGAAUUUUUUAGUGAAAAGCUCGGAGAAGCAAGACAGAAGUGGUCAACAUAUGAGUUGGAGCUUUAUGCUGUCUUGAGAGCCCUCAAGGUGUGGGAGCACUACCUGAUCCAACGAGAGUUUGUCCUCUAUACCGACCAUCAAGCAUUAAAGUUCAUCAAUAGUCAAAAGAAUCUGAUCGGAUGCAUGCUCGGUGGGUUUCUUACAUCCAACGGUUCACUUUUUCUCUUAAGCAUAAGUCAGGAAAAUUGA